UCUCUUAGCCACGCCGUAGGUAGCGAUGCAUUCUGGGUCUCGGCAAUAUGGCGUCCUCCUUGAUGUGCUGAUGAGAAGAGUUUUACUGUAGCUCCAAACGAGACGGCAAAGCUCCCCAAACCCAAUAAGCCCACAUUACUCGUUUUCUCCGGGGGACCGUGCCGCCCGUUUCUCAGGAUUCGUUGUCAGGCAGGAGAGAGUCACGGGGCCGAGGGCCAGGGCUAGCCAGGCCGCGCGGACGCGGGGUUGAGGAACCGGCCGCGGGCGAGCACGAUGGGCCGAUCCUGGCUCUGUUUGCAGCAGCUCAGGCGAGUGCGGGACCCGCAAGGCUGAGAGUGGCUGGAGGAGACCCGAGGCGUCCUAAACCUACUCCCCUCGGCCGGAGACCUCAGCCCCGGCGGCGAACCGGCCCCAAGAGCGGGCGGCCUGCCUGUCCUCGGAUCUGAGGCGUUGGAGGCCGAGAGCAGGGUCAUCUUAAGGCCCGAAGUCGCUCACGCUUUUGACAGCUUCGCUCGCAGCUCCUCUGGGAACGGACAGCCCCAGAAGCAGCCAGUGGCUUGGGAUCUGGGGGUGAGCGAGUCUGUGCAGAGCUCCUUGGGUUGCCCCAUCUUCCCCCGGCUCUUCCCAACCCCCUCCGACUUCCCGCCCAGGGGUCAAGAUAAGAUCUAAGACUUUUUGCCGGAGUAAGGGUCUCCGCACACGCUCCAUUCAUUCCCUUUUCUACUCCCCUUUUUCAUCUAUUAUUUCACCAAAUCUGGUGCACACUAGUUUUUAAGGCUGGAGGUUCUCGAGCGCUUGCUGCCAAGGACUCCCCCGCCUCCUCCCCCCCUGAUGGAGUCCGAGAUGCUGCAGUCGCCUCUUCUGGGACUUGGGGAGGAAGAUGAGGCCGACCUUACAGACUGGAACCUGCCUUUGGCUUUUAUGAAAAAGAGGCACUGUGAGAAGAUUGAAGGCUCCAAAUCCUUAGCUCAGAGCUGGAGGAUGAAGGAUCGGAUGAAGACUGUCAGUGUUGCCUUGGUGUUGUGCCUCAAUGUUGGUGUGGACCCCCCGGAUGUGGUGAAGACCACCCCCUGUGCCCGUUUAGAAUGCUGGAUAGAUCCUCUGUCAAUGGGCCCGCAGAAAGCUCUGGAAACCAUUGGCGCCAAUUUACAGAAGCAGUACGAGAACUGGCAGCCGAGGGCCCGGUACAAGCAGAGCCUUGACCCAACUGUGGAUGAAGUCAAGAAGCUUUGCACAUCUUUGCGCAGAAACGCCAAGGAGGAGCGAGUUCUCUUCCACUACAACGGCCACGGGGUACCCCGGCCCACUGUGAACGGCGAGAUCUGGGUCUUCAACAAGAACUACACACAGUACAUCCCUCUGUCCAUAUAUGACCUACAGACCUGGAUGGGCAGCCCGUCCAUAUUUGUCUACGACUGCUCCAACGCCGGCCUCAUCGUCAAGUCCUUCAAGCAGUUUGCACUGCAGAGGGAGCAGGAGCUGGAGGUCGCAGCCAUUAACCCAAACCACCCACUCGCCCAGAUGCCCUUGCCGCCAUCGAUGAAGAACUGCAUCCAGCUGGCUGCCUGCGAGGCCGCCGAGCUGCUGCCCAUGAUCCCUGACCUGCCAGCCGACCUCUUCACGUCCUGCCUCACCACGCCCAUCAAGAUCGCCCUGCGCUGGUUUUGCAUGCAGAAAUGUGUUAGUCUGGUGCCAGGAGUCACACUGGAUUUGAUAGAAAAGAUCCCCGGGCGGCUGAACGACCGGCGUACGCCACUGGGUGAGCUGAACUGGAUCUUCACGGCCAUCACGGACACUAUCGCCUGGAACGUGCUCCCCCGAGAUCUCUUCCAGAAGCUCUUCCGACAGGACCUGCUGGUGGCAAGUCUGUUCCGAAAUUUCUUGUUAGCAGAAAGGAUCAUGAGGUCCUACAACUGCACCCCAGUGAGCAGCCCGCGACUGCCCCCCACAUACAUGCAUGCCAUGUGGCAAGCUUGGGACCUCGCUGUGGACAUUUGUCUCUCUCAGCUGCCAACGAUUAUUGAGGAAGGCACAGCGUUUCGGCACAGCCCCUUCUUUGCUGAGCAGCUGACCGCGUUCCAGGUAUGGCUUACAAUGGGCGUGGAGAACAGGAACCCCCCUGAACAGCUCCCCAUUGUUCUGCAGGUGCUGUUAAGCCAAGUGCAUCGGCUGAGAGCCCUGGACUUGCUGGGAAGAUUUUUGGACUUGGGUCCCUGGGCGGUGAGCCUGGCCUUGUCUGUCGGCAUUUUUCCUUACGUUCUGAAGCUGCUUCAGAGUUCAGCCCGGGAGCUGCGGCCCCUCCUGGUGUUCAUAUGGGCCAAGAUCCUUGCUGUUGACAGUUCGUGCCAAGCUGACCUCGUGAAGGACAAUGGCCACAAGUACUUCCUCUCAGUCUUGGCGGACCCCUACAUGCCAGCCGAGCAUCGGACCAUGACGGCCUUCAUCCUGGCUGUGAUUGUCAACAGCUACAACACGGGGCAAGAAGCCUGCCUUCAGGGAAACCUGAUUGCCAUCUGCCUGGAGCAGCUCAGCGACCCCCACCCUCUGCUGCGCCAGUGGGUGGCCAUCUGCCUCGGACGGAUCUGGCAGAACUUCGACUCAGCGAGGUGGUGUGGCGUGCGGGACAGUGCACACGAGAAGCUCUACAGCCUCCUCUCGGACCCCAUUCCUGAGGUCCGGUGUGCUGCCGUCUUCGCCCUGGGCACAUUCGUGGGCAACUCUGCAGAGAGGACCGACCACUCCACCACCAUCGACCACAACGUGGCCAUGAUGCUGGCCCAGCUUAUCCACGACGGCAGUCCUGUGGUGCGCAAGGAGCUGGUGGUGGCACUGAGUCACCUCGUGGUUCAGUACGAGAGCAAUUUCUGCACUGUCGCCCUGCAGUUCAUGGAGGAGGAAAAGAACUACCCCUUGCCAUCCCCAGCGGCCGCAGAGGGGGGUAGCUUGACCCCCGUGCGGGACAGCCCGUGCACCCCCAGACUCCGCUCGGUGAGCUCCUACGGAAACAUCCGUGCUGUCACCACUGCCCGGAGCUUGAACAAGUCUCUGCAGAACCUGAGCCUGACCGAGGAAUCCGGCAGCUCAGUGGCCUUCUCGCCCGGGAACCUGAGCACCAGCAGCAGCACCAGCAGCACCCUGGGCAGCCCCGAGAACGAGGAGUACAUCCUGUCCUUUGAGACCAUCGACAAGAUGCGGCGCGUCAGCUCCUACUCCUCCCUCAACUCUCUCAUCGGAGUUUCUUUUAAUAGUGUUUACACCCAAAUUUGGAGAGUGUUACUGCACCUGGCUGCCGACCCAUACCCAGACGUGUCAGAUUUGGCUAUGAAAGUCCUCAACAGCAUCGCCUAUAAGAUGAAGGCCCCCCACCAGACCUCACGCUUUUAUCUCGUGACCCCAGUGAGCCUCCUUCCUGGACCCCCGGUUACUGUGUCUUCGGUCUUCCAGGCCACGGUGAACGCCCGGCCCCAGCGCAUCCUCGACACGGCCUCCCUCACGCAGUCGGCCCCGGCCAGCCCCACCAACAAGGGCACGCACAUCCAGCCCGUGGGGGGCUCCCCACCAACGUCCAGCACAAGCAGCUCCAGCCUGACCAAUGAUGUGGCCAAGCAGCCGAUCAGCCGUGACCUGCCCACAGGCCGGCCGGGCGCCUCGGGCCCCAUGGGGGCGCAGUACACACCCCACUCCCACCAGUUCCCCCGGACGCGGAAGAUGUUCGACAAGGGCCCAGACCAGACCACAGACGAUGCCGAUGAUGCUGUGGGGCACAAGAGCUUCAUCUCCGCUGCGGUACAGACGGGCUUCUGCGACUGGAGCGCCAGAUACUUUGCCCAGCCCGUCAUGAAGAUUCCAGAAGAGCAUGACCUAGAGAGUCAGACCCGCAAGGAGCGUGAGUGGCGGUUCCUGCGCAACAGCCGCGUACGGAGGCAGGCGCAGCAGGUCAUCCAGAGGGGCAUCACCCGACUGGACGACCAGAUAUUCCUCAAUAGGAACCCAGGAGUCCCCUCAGUGGUCAAGUUCCACCCAUUCACACCGUGUGUCGCCGUGGCUGACAAAGACAGUAUCUGUUUCUGGGACUGGGAGAAAGGGGAGAAGCUGGAUUACUUCCACAAUGGGAAUCCUCGGUACACCAGGGUCACCGCCAUGGAGUACCUGAAUGGCCAGGACUGCUCACUCCUGCUGACGGCCACCGACGACGGCGCCAUCAGGGUCUGGAAGAACUUUGCUGACUUGGAGAAGAACCCCGAAAUGGUGACUGCGUGGCAGGGGCUCUCAGACAUGCUGCCGACAACGCGAGGUCUGGCUCGAAAGGUUUCCAUCUGUCUUGACAGCAGUAAGCAGGGAGGAGCCGGGAUGGUGGUGGACUGGGAGCAGGAGACCGGGCUCCUCAUGAGCUCAGGGGACGUGCGAAUCAUCCGGAUCUGGGAUACGGACCGUGAGAUGAAGGUGCAGGACAUCCCCACGGGUGCCGACAGCUGUGUGACCAGCCUGUCCUGCGACUCCCACCGCUCCCUCAUUGUGGCCGGCCUCGGUGAUGGCUCCAUCCGCGUCUAUGACAGAAGGAUGGCACUUAGCGAGUGCCGUGUCAUGACGUACCGCGAGCACACAGCCUGGGUGGUGAAGGCGCACCUGCAGAAGCACCCCGAGGGCCACAUCAUGAGCGUCAGUGUCAACGGGGAUGUCCGAUUUUUUGACCCCCGCAUGCCGGAGUCGGUGAACGUGCUGCAGAUCGUGAAGGGGCUGACGGCCCUGGACAUCCACCCGCAGGCCAACCUCAUCGCCUGCGGCUCAAUGAAUCAGUUCACCGCCAUCUACAACGGCAACGGGGAACUGAUCAACAACAUCAAGUACUACGACGGCUUCAUGGGCCAGAGAGUGGGGGCCAUCAGCUGCCUGGCCUUCCACCCGCACUGGCCUCACCUGGCAGUCGGGAGCAACGACUACUACAUCUCCGUGUACUCUGUGGAGAAGCGCGUCAGAUAGCGGCCGCGGCCAGGUCUCUGCCAGUGCUGCCCCGCAAUGUACAUAGAGAAGGAGCCGGAGCGCGGGGCCACCCGCAUUCAGUCCUGACUGAGCUACUGGCAUGAGGUGGCGUGCGCUCCGGCUCUGCUGAGAUGUCCAGGAAGUCUGGGAGGGGAGGGCUAGUGCUGUCACUUUGGCCCAACAGCGAGGCUGCCACUCGGCUAAGAACACGGGACCCAGCCCUGUUGCAUUUUUCUCCUGAGAGCUUACCUGGGGCAGCACGGGCAUGCUGUUCUCCAUCGAUAGAGCAAUGGCUGUAGACAGGCACCUGGAUGGCCAGCUCGUGUCCUGGCAGACAGGCAGCCUGGAGCUCGGUGGCCCCUGUGCACCCGCUCUGGCCAAGACCCAACGAGCGAGCAAGCUAAGAGGAGGUGCUGCCCGCGUGCGCCCAGGAGCCCCCACAAGCAGGCAGAAAGAGGCGAGAGAUGAGACCACGGAAGGGAAGGUGAAGAUGCCUCCCUGAGCCACGUGUGUACCUGGGGCUCAGCGCCACUCCCAGUGGGCUAGCUCGCAGUCGCAGGUGGUAAGGACCACAGGCACCUCCUGUGGAGACCCCCGCUCCUGGGCAGGACUCAUGGCAUCCACAGCAGGAGCAGGGCCUGUGGCCCUGGACAGAUAGGUCCCUGGUCAUUCCGCCACCGCCUCGCCCUGUGGCUCCAUUCUCUCUGAGGCACUGCUCUCCCCUGCCCAUGCCUGGCACACGUGUGACAUGUAUGUGUGGGGACCACAGCCCCUCACUCAAGUCCACACACACGUACAUAUAUGUGCUGGGACUACAGUCUCCUACCUGGUCCACCACAUGUGUGCACAGGCAUGCAGGCACCAGUACCUGUCCUACACGUGUGAACAUGUAUGUGAGAGCACCAUGUUCCCCUGCCAGGCAUGCACACGCAUGUGGAUACCAAGGCACGGCUAGAUCCCCCAAAAGCACCUGUGGGUCAACAGCAGGCCGCAUCCCUGAGUCACGCCCUCCAGCCCUUUGUCCCCAUGCACUGUGUAACCAAAGCGUCUGGCCAUCUGCCGUGCAGGAGAGCUCCUUGGUCAUUGCUGUAGCGUGUGUCAGGUGUGUCGGGGGGUGUGUGCAUGUGUGUGAGUCUGAGCGGAUGUACAUGCAUGUGUGCAUGUCAGUGUGAGCAGAUGUGCACGUGUGUGUGUGAGUACGGGUGGGUGUGCACGUGUGUGUCAGUGCAGGCGGGUGUAAACGUAUGUAUGUAUGUUGGUGUGGGUGGGUGUGUGCACAUGAGUGCGUGUGUGAGCCGCGGGGAGCUGUGUGCUGACUCCCCAGGAGGGACCAGAGCCCCGGGCUGAGCAGCCAUAGACACAGCACAGUGAUGAUCCCCCGGAAAGCGUUUCUCCCUCUUCCUGUGGGAAUCGCCAGCACUCAUUAGACAGGUGUGGGGUAAAAGGCCAAAAAUGGUGGAAUUAUGAAUAACAGUUGCCAUGGGAAGUCUGCUCCCUGGUGUUUUGGAUGACUGUUGUGCCCUCGCCCAGAGUGGCAUUGGUUGGUGGGCCCAGCAGGCAGUCCUGGGCUGGGCACCGUAGCCUGGGUGUCUGUGUUGGAGCCGGGCAGCCAUGUUCUGGGGGCAGAGCCUCGAGGAAUCAGAAAGGCCACAAGAGACGCGGACCCCAGGAUUCCAGGCAGGGCCACUAGCUCAGACAGCAUUUGUCAGCUUGUAGGGUCCCAGGGGGUGGCCUGGGUCCUUCUGGAAGCCCAACUCUGCCCACAGACACUGACCUGGUAAUAGCUGAUUCACUGAUCCUAACCUCAUGCGCAUUUGUUUGUUCUGAGACAAAACCAUCCCUGCGAACUGCAGGCGGCACGCAGGGGAGGCCCCCACACCUCUGCUGCCUGUGGCCCAUUGCCCACUUGGCCCUGCCGUCCCUCAGAGCCUGCGGGGGCCGGACAGGUGGGUGCAUGUCUGUGCCAGGCAGGUGUUCAGGGCUGAUGCGAAAACUCAAUCAUGAAGUUGACCAGGUGCGAGAAAGCACCGACCUAAAGGUUCACGUAUCUCUAUUUAUUUUACCAAAAUGCAAAUUGAAAGACUUUGGAAACACACGGAACUGUGAUGUGCAGUGAACAAGAAGGACAAGCUGUCAAUAAACAUGAAUGCAGCGAGGA